UCUCUCGCCAGAAGGCAAAGAGGCUGCAGGAAAGUCUUGCAGGGAUGGAGAUCCAGAUGUGCCUCUGGAUCAUAUGAAUGGAAAGAUUGUUGGAGAACCAGGAGAUCUGCUGGCCCCAUUUGGGUCUGUGUUAGGGAACAGAGAAGAAAUGGGGGAACAACACUCAGAAGGUGAAGGAGCUGGAAAAAACCUUCCUGCUGCUCAGCCUGGAAGAUGUGGGGAGAUCUGCGCAAGAACCAGGCAGAAGAUCCUGGAGGAGGAAACCAUCAGUUCAGAGGUCCAGUGUUGGCACUUCAGGAAUGAACUCUACCAGGAAUCCAAGGGGCCACGAGAACUUUGCAGCCACCUCCACCACCUUUGCCAUCAGUGGCUACAGCCAGAAAGACGAACAAAAGCUCAGAUGUUGGACCUUGUGAUCCUGGAGCAGUUUCUGGCCCUCCUGCCUAUGGAGAUGGAGCGCUGGGUGCGGGACUGUGGUGCAGAGACUAGUUCCCAAGCGGUGGCCCUGGCCGAAGGUUUUCUCCUGAGCCAGGCGGAGGAGGAGAAGCAGGAAGAACUGCAGAUACAGCAGGCCCAGAGACCAUUCUUGGAGUCCAUCAUGAAAGAUCCUGAGGAAGGAAGGGAGCUGCUUCUCAGGGGGAUCUCCAAGGAAGAUCCAUGUUGUGACACUUCAGGAGGUGGGGAAGGUCCUUCAGAGUUCCAUCUUUCAUUCUCUCUGGCCUCUUUUGGGAUCUCCAAGGAAGAUCCAUGUUGUGACACUUCAGGAGAGAGUAGGAUGAUGUCAAUGGUGUUUAUAGGAUCCUCUCCUUUUUCUAGUUGCUUUGAAAGAGCGGUUGGACCUCCAGGUCAGGGUCUCGUGUCUUUUGAGGAGGUGGCUGUGUAUUUCUCCGAGGAAGAGUGGUCUCAGCUGGAUGCUGACCAAAAAGCCCUCCAUGGGGAGGUCAUGCUGGAGAAUUCCAGGAACGUGGCCUCUCUGGGAGCUCAUGGGGAAGAGGGUGGAAAGUACAAGCAACAAUUCCAAGCACAUCACCCAGAAGAUAAAGAGGAGUUGGCAAAUGAAAUGGAAUCAAAAUGUUCUGAGAGAAAUCAAUUCACAAAUGGGAGUAAUAAAAAAUCAGUUUUCCGAUGUGUUCCAAUUCAAGACUUUCUUACCAAGCAAAACCAUAGAGAAAAAAGGAAGAGAAAAUGUUUAGGGAAAAACAUGAAAAAAUCCAAAGACAGAUUUGAUUUAAACAAACCUUACAGGAGCCAUGCUAUGGGAGAAAAAUAUCACUGCAGGGAGAUUAAAAAAUAUUCUAGUCGGACUUUUUCUAUACAUGAAAGUAUCAACAUGGGAGAGAAUCUGUAUAAAUGCAUGGAAUGUGGAGAAAGCUUCAGCAGCAGCAGUUCCUUGAUUUCCCAUAAAAUAAUCCAUACAGGGGACAAACCCUAUAAAUGCAUGGAUUGUGGAAAGAGCUUCAGAAAAAGCAGUUACCUUACUUGUCAUAAAAGGAUCCACACAGGGGAGAAACCCUUCAAAUGCAUGGAGUGUGGAAAGAGCUUCAGCAAGAACAGUUCCCUUACUUACCAUAAAAGGAUUCACACAGGGGAGAAACCCUUUAAAUGUGUAGAGUGUGGAAAGAGUUUCAGCAAGAAUAGUUCCCUUACUUCCCAUACAAGGAGCCAUUCAGGCGAAAAGCCAUAUGAAUGCAUGGAGUGUGGAAAGAGCUUUAGAUGGCACAGUCAGCUUACUUCCCAUAAAAGGAUCCAUACAGGAGAGAAACCGUAUGAAUGUAUAGAAUGUGGAAAGAGCUUCAGUACGAGCAGUAGUCUUACUUCCCAUAAAAGGCGCCACUCAGGGGAGAAACCAUAUGAGUGUAUGGAGUGUGGAAAGAGCUUCAGGGGGAGCAGUGCCUUUACUUCUCAUAAAAGGAUCCAUACAGGGGAGAAACCAUACAAAUGCAUGGAAUGUGGGAAAAUAUUUCGAAAAAGCAGUUCCCUUGCUUCUCAUAGAAGUAUCCACACAGGGGAGAAACCAUAUAAAUGCUUGGAAUGUGGUAAGAACUUCCGGGAAAAUGGAUCCCUUACUUCUCACAAAAGGAUUCACAGAGGGGAGAAACCAUAUAAAUGUAUGGAGUGUGGAAAGAGCUUUAGCCAAAGUGGUAACCUUAUUUCCCAUAAAAGAAGCCAUUCAGGAGAGAAACCAUAUAAGUGUAUGGAAUGUGGAGAGAGUUUUAUGUGGAACAGUCAACUUACAUCUCAUAGAAGUAUCCACACAGGGGAGAAACCAUAUAAAUGUGUAGAGUGUGAGAAGAGCUUCAGCGACAUUAGUCACCUGACUUCUCAUAAAAGAAUUCAUACAGGGGAGAAACCAUAUAAAUGUGCAGAGUGUGGAAAGAGCUUCAGCCAAAACAGUUCCCUUACUCUGCAUGAAAGGAUCCACACAGGGGAGAAACCAUAUAAAUGCACCGAGUGUGGAAAGAGCUUCCGUGAAAAGAGAUCUCUUCAUUCCCACAAAUUGAUCCACACUGGGGAGAAACCAUAUAAAUGCACCGAGUGUGGAAAGCACUUCCGUGAAAAGAGAUCCCUUCGUUCCCAUAAACUGAUCCACACCGGGGAGAAAUCAUAUAAAUCCUUGGAGCAUGGGAAGAGCUUCAGGAAGAGCAAUUCCCUUACUUCCCAUAAAAGUAUCCACUCAGGAGCUACACAGGAGAAUGAAAACUAUCAGGAGUCUAUUGUGCGGACAUCACAAACCAUCAAGCAUGAACUGAUGAGCGAAGCGUUUGAAAACCAGUGGAAACUGUGACAGCCCAUGGCUCUUUAGCUCUUCUGGGUGCUGUAGCCACCCAGAAAACCAAAUGGACACUAUUCUGGUUAGCUAACAUGUAGAAGCAGAGUGAGAAGUAGUAUAGUUUCCAAAGGAAUAUUUUCCCAAAGGAGAAGGGAAGGGCUGUGCUGGCUGGGGAGACUUUAAAAAGAGAUUUGUGGGAAGAAGAAACUUUGGGAAGGGUGAUGGAGUUAUAACGGCUGGCAAACCAUGGUGAAUUCUAGACAGCUCUGGCAGUUGAAGCUUGUGGAUUUUUGGAAAAGCAAGGAUGGUUGGUAUCUUGAAAUGAACUGGACAAUUGUGCAUUGCUGAAGGUUUGUUAUUUUUCUUGGGACACAUGGGGCAAGAAAUUUGAAGCAGAAGAGGGUGCAUUCUGGAGAAAAGUAUCAAAGUGGAGAUGGGGCUGCCAAGAUACACUCAACACAGAUGGUCACCGUGGAGGAGACCAAAUUGUACCAGCCAGAGACUGGGCCAGUAUGAGCUGGAGAGGGAGAGAAUGCCAGCCAGUAUAAUUAGCCCAUUCUUAUCUCUAAAUAGGUAAUAGGAAUAGAACACAGACAUAGCAUCAUUUAUGUUGACACACUAGGCCAUAUACAUAACAAGAUAGAUUUGGUUAAAAGCAGGAAGCUUUCCAUAGCUAGUAAAAAAUACUUUAUUUUAGAAUGCUUUACUACUUGAAAAUAACAUGAGCCUCUGAUUCAUUACUUCUCUGUCUUUUCCCCUGCUCUUUAAUCAGACAUUUGGGUAGAGAGAACUGAGAAUAGAACGUGGCUACCAGCUGUAAAUAACCCUUGCAAAGGAAUGCUGGCUAAAAGCAGUAAUAGAAACCUAUUUUGCUUUACACUGUUUGCUGUGUAAAUAAAACAACAACAAAAAUUCAUGAGUGGUGUCUGGUAUCAAAUCCUUUGGAUCCACAAAGGCAGGGAUGAAAGUGAAGUGAAAUAAACAUUGGAAAAUAUCUCUGAGCAUGUGCAGAAGAAAUCCUUUGUUUUUUCAUGUGCUGCAAUCCAGGAGUCCCCCUAGACCAAAUAGGACCAGAAAUUAAUGAGAAACGGAAUUGCCUAGGA